AUGGUCACUGCCCCUCCACCAGGCUUCCUGCUGGAGGAGUUUCCUUCCCAGCCAGGCUGGCCCAGAAGCCAGAUGGUCCUGGGACAGGCCCAGCCCCAGAGCCCAGAGAUGCUGCUGUUACCCCUGUUGCUGCUACCCCUGCUGCUGCCCAUGCUGGGGGCUGGGUCCCUGAACAAGGAUCCCAGUUACAGUCUUCAAGUGCAGAGGCAGGUGACGGUGCCCGAGGGCCUGUGUGUCAUCGUGUCUUGCAACCUCUCCUACCCCCGGGAUGGCUGGGACGAGUCUACUGCUGCUUAUGGCUACUGGUUCAAACGAUGGACCAGCCCAAAGACGGGUGCUCCUGUGGCCACAAACAACCAGAGUCGAGAGGUGGAAAUGAGCACCCGGGACCGAUUCCAGCUCACUGGGGAUCCCGGCAAAGGGAGCUGCUCCUUGGUGAUCAGAGACGCGCAGAGGGAGGAUGAGGCAUGGUACUUCUUUCGGGUGGAGAGAGGAAGCCGUGUGAGACAUAGUUUCCCGAACAAUGCGUUCUUUCUAAAAGUAACAGCCCUGACUCAGAAGCCUGAUGUCUACAUCCCCGAGACCCUGGAACCCGGGCAGCCGGUGACGGUCAUCUGUGUGUUUAACUGGGCUUUCAAGAAAUGUCCAGCCCCUUCUUUCUCCUGGACGGGGGCUGCCCUCUCCCCCAGAAGAACCAGACCAAGCACCUCCCACUUCUCAGUGCUCAGGUUCACACCCAGCCCCCAGGACCACGACACCGACCUCACCUGCCAUGUGGACUUCUCCAGAAAGGGUGUGAGCGCACAGAGGACCGUCCGACUCCGUGUGGCCUACGCCCCCAAAGACCUUAUUAUCAGCAUUUCACAUGACAACACGUCAGCCCUGGAACUCCAGGAAAACGUCAUGUAUCUGGAAGUUCAGAAAGGCCAGUUCCUGCGGCUCCUCUGUGCUGCUGACAGCCAGCCCCCUGCCACGCUGAGCUGGAUCCUGCAGGACAGAGUCCUCUCCUCGUCCCACCCCUGGGGCCCCAGAACCCUGGGGCUGGAGCUGCCCGGAGUGAAGGCUGGGGAUUCAGGGCGCUACACCUGCCGAGCGGAGAACAGGCUUGGCUCCCAGCAGCGAGCCCUGGACCUCUCUGUGCAGUAUCCUCCAGAGAACCUGAGAGUGAUGGUUUCCCAAGCAAACAGGACAGUCCUGGAAAACCUCAGGAACGGCACAUCCCUCCCGGUCCUGGAGGGCCAAAGCCUGCACCUGGUCUGUGUCACCCACAGCAGCCCCCCAGCCAGGCUGAGCUGGACCCGGUGGGGACAGACCGUGGGCCCCUCCCAGCCCUCAGACCCCGGGGUCCUGGAGCUGCCACACAUUCAAAUGGAGCACGAAGGAGAGUUCACCUGCCACGCUCAGCACCCUCUGGGCUCCCAGCACGUCUCUCUCAGCCUCUCCGUGCACUACCCUCCACAGCUGCUGGGCCCCUCCUGCUCCUGGGAGGCUGAGGGUCUGCGCUGCAGCUGCUCCUCCCAGGCCAGCCCGGCCCCCUCUCUGCGCUGGUGGCUUGGGGAGGAGCUGCUGGAGGGGAACAGCAGUCAGGGCUUCUUCGAGGUCACCCCCAGCUCAGCCGGGCCCUGGGCCAACAGCUCCCUGAGCCUCCAUGGAGGGCUCAGCUCCGGCCUCAGGCUCAGCUGUGAGGCCUGGAACGUCCAUGGGGCCCAGAGUGGCUCUGUCUUCCAGCUGCUACCAGGGAAGCUGGAGCAUGGGGGAGGACUUGGCCUGGGGGCUGCCCUGGGAGCUGGCGUCGCUGCCCUGCUUGCUUUCUGCUCCUGCCUUGUCGUCUUCAGGGUGAAGACCUGCAGGAAGGAAGCUUGCAAGAGGGCAGCAGCUGAGCAGGACAUGCCCUCCGCCCUGGGACCCAUCUCCCAGGGUCACCAGCAUGAAUGCUCGGCAGGCAGCUCCCAAGACCACCCGCCCUCAGGUGCAGCCACCUACACCCCGGGGAAGGGGGAAGAGCAGGAGCUCCACUAUGCCUCCCUCAGCUUCCAGGGCCUGAGGCUCUGGGAGCCUGCGGACCAGGAGGCCCCCAGCACCACCGAGUACUCGGAGAUCAAGAUCCACACGGGACAGCCCCUGAGGGGCCCAGGCUUUGGGCUUCAGUUGGAGAGGGAGAUGUCAGGGAUGGUUCCAAAGUGAAGAGGUCUCCAUGGAAACAGGACACCAGCAAGUGUGUGGGAGUCGCACUGGUGUGACGGCCAGAACUGGACUCAGAUUUCAGCCCCAUCCCCAAUGAAGAGCUUGAGUUUGAAGAUUAUACUUUUUUUGAGACAGGGUCUGACUCUGUCCUCCAGGCCAGAGUCCAGUGGUGCAAUCUCAGCUCACUGUAGCCUCAACCUGCCAGGUUGAAGUGAGCCUCCCAUUUCAGCCUCCCAAGUAGCUGGGACUACAAUUGUGAGCCACCACGCCAGGCUCAUUGUUAUAUUUUUAGUAGAGACAGGGUUUUGCCGUGUUUCCCUGGCUGGUCUCAGACUCCUGGGCUCAAGCAAUCUGCCCGCCUCUGCCUCCCAAAGUGCUGGGAUUACAGACGUGAGCCACCACAGCUGGCUGAAGAUUAUACUUUCAAUUCAGAGCGAGUUUGAAGAUGACACUCUGAGGCAUCGUGUCUAUGGUUCAUUACUACAGAAGCUUCUCUGGAUGUGUAAAGCACAGGAAACCAGGCAGAGGAGGCACAGGGUGCUCUCCAGAACGAGAAGCCAGCUCCUGGAGUUGUUUGCUGCAACUGCCAUUCCCCGUUGAUGACCAUGCUCUUCCUUCAGAAGAGGGAGAGUGAGAGGACCAAGUCCAAGUGGUUCCCAUUUGAACAUUUAAAAAAAAAAAAAAAAGGCUGGGCAUGGUGGCUCACGCCUGUAAUCUCAACACUUUGGGAGGCUGAAGUGGGUGGAUCACAAGUCAGGAGUUCAAGACCAGCCUGGCCAACAUGGUGAAACCCCAUCUCUACCAAAAAUACAAAAAUUAGCCAGAUGUGGUGGUGCACACCUGUAGACCCAGCUACUCAGGAGGCUGAGGCACGAGAAUCACUUGAACUCGGGAGGCAGAAGUUGCAGCGAGCCGAGAUUGCACCACUGCACCCCAGCCUGGGCAACAGAGUGAGGCUGUGUCUCAAAAAUAAAUAAAUAAGGCCAGGCACAGUAGCUCACACCUGUAAUCCCAGCACUUUGGGAGGCCAAGGCAGGUGGAUCAUGAGAUCAGGAGAUUGAGGCCAUCUUGGCCAACAUGGUGAAACCCCAUCUCUACUAAAAAUACAAGAAAAUUAGCUGGGCAUGGUGGUGCGCACCUGUAAUCUGAGCUACUCAGGAAGCUGAGGCAGGAGAAUCGCUUGAACCCAAGAGGCAGAGGUUGCAGUGAGCCGAGAUUGCACCACUGCACUCCAGCCUGGGCAACAGAGUGAGGCUCUAUCUCAAAAAUAAAUAAAUAAACAAAGUAUCCCACAGAGGCGUGUGUGCAGCGAGUCCCUCGCCUGAGUCACACUUUUUCUUAGGGGAGCCCACUAGGUAUAAAGUUCUGACCAUCCUGACCCUGAUGGUGGCCUCUGCAGGGCAGUUCCAGCCUCAGAAGUCUCUGAAGUCUCAGCCGACGCUGGGGUUGGUCUGUGUCUCAGCUCGUUUCUCCCUGUGCCCCACUUGCUUCCUUCUCCUCCACUCUAAAGGGUUUUUUUUUCCUUUUUCCAGAUUUUUGAGGCAUAACUGAAAGAUAAAAAUUGAGUAUAUUUACCAUGAACAUCAUGAUGUUUUGAUAUUUGUAUACAUUCUGAAAUGAGCACUACCUGUUCCAUCACCUUCAUAGGUCUCUUUCCUUUUUUUUUUUUUUUUGAGACCAAGUCUCGCUCCGUCACCCAGGCUGGAGUGCAAUGGCACGAUCUUAGCUCACUGCAACCUCCACCUCCCGGGUUUCAAGCGAUUCUCCUGCCUCAGCCUCUCGAGUAGCUGGGAUUACAGUGGCGUGCCAGCAUGCCUGGCUAAUUUUUGUAUUUCUAGUAGAGUCAGGAUUUCACCAUGUUGGCCAGGCUAAUCUCGAACUCCUGACCUCAGGUGAUCUGCCCCUUUCGGCCUCUCAAAGUGCUGGGAUUACAGGCAUGAGCCACCAUGCCCAGCCACCUCCACAGUUCUCUGUGGGUGUGUGUGUGGCAGAAACACUUAAGAUGUUCUCUGUUAACAAAUUUCAAGUAUGCAAUACAGUAUUGUUAACUAUAGUCACCAUGCUGUACAGUAGACUCCCAGAACUGAUUGUUGGUUGGUUGUUUGUUGAGACAGGGUCUUGCUCUGCUACCCAGGCUGGAGUGCAGUGGCACUGCAGCUCACUGCAGCCUCAAUCUCCUGGGCUCAAGUGAUCCUCCCACUUCAGCCUCCUAAGUAGCUAGAACCACAGGCACAUGCCAUCACACCCAGCUAAUUAUUUAUUUAUUUAUUUAUUUUGUAGAAACGGGAUCUCACGGCAGGGUGCGGUGCCUCACGCCCGUAAUCAUGCCGUCACUACUAAAAAUACAAAAAUUAGCAGGGCCUGGUAGUGGGUGCCUAUAAUCCCAGCUACUGGGGAGGCUGAGGCAGGAGAAAUACUUAAACCCAGGGGGCUGAGGCUGCAGUGAGCUGAGAUCGCGCCAUUGCACUCCAGCCUGGACGCCAAAAGCAAAACUCUGUCUCGAAAAAAAAAAGAAAAGAAAAGAAAAGAAAGAAACGAGAUCUCACUAUGUUGCCCAGGCUGGUCUCAAAGUCCUGGCCUCAAGCAGUCCUCCCGCCUCAGCCUCCAAAAGUGCUAAGAUUACAGGUGUGAGCCACCAUGCUGGGCUGACCCCAUCUUGUAAAUGCAAGUUUCUACCCUUUGACCGACAUCUGUCUGUUUUUCUCCCCUCCUAGCCCCCAGCAACCACGGUUCUAAUUCUACUUUGUUUCCAUGAGUUUUGUGGCAGGAGAAUAGGGGAUUAGGAACAGGGGUUCAGCAGGUGCAGCCAGUUCCUACAGGCAGGAGAGCAGCAGGUGUGGCGUACAGGUCACGUCUUCCCUCUUGUGAUAACAAGCCACAUCAGCCUCUGAUUGACUGCGGGCCGGGUCUCCACUACGGCCACUGAUUAGUCAUGAGCCAAUCCUUCAUGGCCUCUAACCAAUUGGAAGCCUCUGAAGGGCGCCUAGGGGUGUUGCCGGGUUCCUUCUAGCUUAUUACAAACCUUAAUUGGGGAGGCUCUUGAGCUGCUGGCUGGAUCCCGCUCCCACUCUGAAUUGUCUUCAAUAAAUCUGUGCUUUUCUAUUCACAAUAGCAAAGACCUGGAAUCAACCCAAAUGCCCAUCAAUGAUAGACUGGAUAAAGAAAAUGCGGUGGGCCGGGCGCGGUGGCUCACGCCUGUAAUCCCAGAACUUUGGGAGGCCGAGGCGGGUGGAUCACGACGUCAAGAGAUGGAGACUAUCCUGGCCAACAUGGUGAGACCCCGUCUCUACUAAAGAUAGAAAAAAGCCGGGUGUGGUGGUAGGUGCCUGUAGUCCCAGCUACUCGGGAGGCUGAGGCAGGAGAAUCACUUGAACCUGGGAGGUGGAGGUUGCAGUGGGCCAAAAUUAUGCCACUGCACUCCAGCCUGGACAACAGAGUAAGACUCUGUCUCAAAAAAAAAAAGAAAAGAAAAAGAAAAUGUGGUGCAUAUACACCAUGGAAUACUAUGCAGCCAGAAAAAAGGAUGAUCAUGUCCUUUGCAGGGACAUGGAUGGAGCCAGAAGCCAUUAUCCUCAGCAAACUAACACAGGAACAGAAAGCCAAACACCACAUGUUCUCACUUAUAAGUAGGAGCUGAACAAUGAGAACACAUGGACACAGGAAGGGGAAAAACACACACUAGGGCCUGUCAAGGGACCGGGGGAGGGACGGGAUUAGGAAAAACAGCUAAUGCAUGCUGGGCUUAAUACCUAGGUGAUGGGUUGAUAGGUGCAGCAAACCACCAUGGCACACAUUUACCUGUGUAACAAAGCUGCACGUCCUGCACAUGUAGCCCAGAACUUAAAAAAAAUCUGUGCUUUUGUUACACCAUUCUUCUGUUGGUUUUUCCCUCCUUGCAUUUUCUUUUGUUACUUGAUUUGUGCAUUUUGUUCAAUUCUUUUUUCAACACGCCAAGAACCUGGACAACUCCCUAGUGACAGUUUGACUUCUGUGGAUUCCACGCAUCCGUGAGAUAGCACGGUAUUUGUCUACGUCUGAUUUAGGGUUAACUCUGUUGUUGCAAAUGGCAGGAUUUCUUUAUCUUAUGGCUGAGUAGUAUUCAACUGUAUUAUGCAUGUUUUGUGUGUCUAUGUGUGUGUACAGCUGACCCUUGAACAGCACAAGUUUACACUGGGUUAUACACAGAUUUUCUUCCUCUUCUGCCUCCCCUGAGACAGCAAAAUGAGUCUCUCCUCUUCCUCUUCCUCUUCCUCCUCAGCCUACUCAACGUGGAAACAAUGAGGAUAAAGAUUUUUUUUUUUUUUUUGAGACAGAGUCUCGCUCUGUCGCCCAGGCUGGAGUGCAGUGGUGCCAUCUCGGCUCACUGCAAGCUCCGCCUCCCAGGUUCACGCCAUUCUCCUGUCUCAGCCUCCCUAGUAGCUGGGACUACAGGCGCCCGCCACCGCGCCCAGCUAAUUUUUUAUAUCUUUAGUAGAGACGGGGUUUCACCAUGUUAGCCAGGAUGGUCUCAAUCUCCUGACCUCGUGAUCCACCCGCCUGGGCCUCCCAAAGUGCUGGGAUUACAGGCGUGAGCCACCGCACCCAGCCUGAGAGGAUUUUCUUAUAAAAGAAAUAGAUAAAUUGAUAGACAUUUAGGUUGAUUCCGUAUCUUUACUGUUAUGAAUAGUGGUGUAAUCUACAUGGAGGUGCAGGUAUCCUUUUGAUAUAUUGACUUCCUUUCUUUUGGAUACAUACCCAGUAGUGGGAUUGCUGACUCAUAUGGUAGUUCUAGGUUUAGUUUUUGAAGAAAUCGCUAUACUCUUCUCAUAAUGACUACACUAAUUUGCAUUUCCACCAACAGUGUAGAAGAGUUCCCUUUUCUGGCUGGUCACAGUGGCUCACGCCUGUAAUCCCAGCACUUUGGGAGGCCAAGGCGGGCAGAUCACCUGAGGUCGGGAGUUUGAGACCAGCCUGACCAAUAUGGAGAAACCCUGUCUCUACUAAAAAUACAAAAUUAGCCGGGCAUGGUGGCGCACGCCUGUAAUCCCAGCUACUCAGGAGGCUGAGGCAGGAGAAGCGCUUGAACCCGGGAGGCAGAGGUUGCAGUGAGCCAAGAUGGUGCCAUUGCACUCCAGCCUGGGCAACAAGAGUGAACUCUGUCUCAAAAAAAAAAAAAAAAAAAAAAAGAAGAGUUCCCUUUUCUGGGAUGGAAUCUUUCCAGGCAUGUUAUUUUUUGUCUUUUUUAUAAUAGCCAUUCUAACCAGGGUAAGAUGAUAUCUCACUGUGGUUUUUAUUUGCAUUUCUCCGAUGCUUAGGGAUUAGAAUAUUUUUUCAUAUUCCUGUUGGCCAUUUGUAUGUCUUCUUUUUUUGUUUGUUUAAGAUGGAGUCUCACUCUGUCACCCAGACUGGAGUGCAAUGGUGUGAUCUCGGCGCACUGCAACCUCCACCUCCCAGGUUCAAGCGAGUCUCCUGCCUUGGCCCCCUGGGUAGCUAGGACUACAAUCAUGCACCACCAUGCCCAGCUAAUUUUUUAAUAUAUAUUUUUAGUAGAGACAGGGUUUCACCAUGUUGGCCAGGCUGGUCUCGAACUUCUGACCUCAGGUGAUUCGCCUGCCUCGGCCUCCCAAAGUGCUGGGAUUACAGGCAUGAGCCACCAUGCCUGACCAUUAUGUCUUAUUUUUAGAAAUGUCUAUUCAUGUCCUUCGCCUGCUUUUUAAUGUGAUUGUUCUUUUGCUGUUGAGUUGUUUGCAUUCCUUGUAUAUUCUGGAUAUUAGUCCUUGGUCAGAUGAAUAAUUUGCAAGUAUUGUCUCCCAUUCAACAUACUGUCUGUUCAUUCCAUUGGCUGUUUCCUUUGCUGCGAAGAAGCUUUUGGUUUAAUGUAGUCCCAUCUAUUUUUGUUUUUGUUGCCUGUUCUUUUGAAGUCUUAACCAUAAAAUCUUUGCCUAGACGAAUGUCUUGGAUAAUUUUUCCUAUGUUUCAUUUUAGUAGUUUUAUACUUUCAGGUCUCACGCUUAAGUUUCUAUUCCAGUUUGAGUUGGUUUUUGUAUAUGGUGAGAGAUGGGGGUCUAAUUUCAUUCUUCUGCAUAUGGAUACCCAGUUUUCUCAGCACCAUCUAUUGAAGAGGAUGUCUUUUUCCCAAUGUAAGUUCUUGGCACCUUCGUUGAAAAUCAGUUGGCUGUAAAUAUGUGGGUUUAUUUCUGGGUUCUCUGUUCUGUUCCCCUGGUCUAUGUGUCUGUUUUUAUAGCAACGCCAUGCUGUUGUGGUUAUUAUAGCUUUAGAAUACAUUCUGAAGUCAAGUAGUGUGGUGCCUCCAGCUUUGUUCUUUUUGCCCAGGAUUGCUCUGAUUAUUCAAGCUUUUUUGGUUCCAUACGAAUUUUAGGAUUGCUUUUCCUAAAUUGUCACUGGUUUCUUGCUAGGGAUUGCAUUCAAUCCAUAGGUUGCUCUGGGUAGUAAUGUUAUCUUAACAGUAUUCUUCCAAUCCAUGAGUACAAGAUGCCUUUCCAUUCGUUUGCAUCUUCAGCUUCUUUCAUCAGUGUUUUGUAGUUUUUCUUGUCAAAGUCUUUCAUUUCCUUAGUUAAAUUUAUUCCUAAGUUUCUUUUUUUUUUUUUUUUUUGUAGCUAUUGUAAAUGGGAUUGCUUUCUUGAUCUCUUUUUCAGCCAGUUCAUUAUUGGUGUAUAGGUUUGCUACUGAUUUUUGUAUGUUGAUUUUGUAUCCUGCCACAAUUGGUUUAUCAGACCUAAAAGUUUUCUGAUGAAGUUUUUCUAAGUAUAAGAUCAUGCAAUCUACAAAUAAGGACUAUUUGACUUCCUGUUUUCCAAUUUGGAUACCUUUUGUUUCAUUAUCUUGUCUGAUUGCUCUGGCUAGGGCUUCUGGUACUAUGUUUAAUAGGAGUGGUAGAGGUAGACUUCCUUGUCUUAUUCUAGUUCUUUGAGAAAAGGUUUUCAGCUUUUCCCCAUUCAGUAUAACGUUCGUUGUGAGUUUGUCAUAGAUGGCCUUUAUUGUGUUGAGAUAUGUUCCUUCUAUGCCUAGAGACUUGAAAGUUUUUCGGUUUUGGGGUUGUUUUGUUUUGUUUUGUUUUUUGAGACAGUCUUCCUCCAUCACCCAGGCUGGAGUGCAGUGGCACAAUCUUGGCUCACUGCAAGCUCCGCCUCCUGGGUUCAUGCCAUUCUCCUGCCUCAGCCUCCUGAGUAGCUGGGACUACAGGUGCCCGCCAGCACGCCCAGCUAAUUUUUUUGUAUUUUUAGCCAGGAUGGUCUCGACCUCCUGACCUCGUGAUCCGCCCACCUCGGCCUCCCAAAGUGCUGGGAUUACAGGCAUGAGUCGCCACGCCCGGGCUGUUUGUUUGUUUUUUGAGACAGAGUCUCACUCUGUUACUCAGGCUGGAGAGCAGUGGCACAAUCUCGGCUUACUGCAACCUCCGCCUCCUGGGUUCAAGUGAUUCCCCUGCCUCAGCUUCCUAAGUAGCUGGGAUUACUGGUGCCCACCACUACGCCCGGCUAAGUUUUGUAUUUUUAGUAGAGACAGGGUUUCGCUAUGUUAACCAGGCUGGUGUUGAACUCCUGACUUUAGAUGAUCCACCCGCCUCGGCCUCCCAAAGUGCUGGGAUUACAGGCAUGAGCCACCAUGCCCAGACCUCACUGAAAUUCUUUAAUAGCAAUAUUUUGAAUCCUUUUUCUGGCUGUAGGGACCAGCCCCACAGGGUCAGUGGGUUUUUCUCCCCGUGUGCGGAGACAAGAGAUUGUAGAAAUAAAGACACAAGACAAAGAUUAAAAAAAAGACAGCUGGGCCCGGGGGACCACUACCACCAAGACGUGGAGACCGGUAGUGGCCCCGAAUGUCUGGCUGUGCUGUUAUUUAUUGGAUACAAAGCAAAAGGGGCAGGGUAAAGAGUGUGAGUCAUCUCCAGUGAUAGGUAAGGUCACGUGGGUCACGUGUCCACUGGACAGGGGGCCCUUCCCUGCCUGGCAGCCAAGGCAGAGAGAGAGAGGAGAAAGAGAGACAGACAGCUUAUGCCAUUAUUUCUGCAUAUCAGAGACUUUUAGUACUUUCACUAAUUUUGCUAUUGCUUUCUAGAAGGCAGAGCCAGGUGUACAGGAUGGAACAUGAAGGUGGACUAGGAGCAUGACCACUGAAGCACAGCAUCACAGGGAGACGGUUAGGCCUCUGGAUAACUGCAGGCGAGCCUGACUGAUGUCAGGCCCUCCACAAGAGGUGGAGGAGUAGAGUCUUCUCUAAACUCCCCCGGGGAAAGAGAGACUCCCUUUCCUGGUCCGCCUAAGUAGCGGGUGUUUUUCCUUGGCACUGAGGCUACCGCUAGACCACGGUCUGCUUGGCAAUGGGCAUGUUCCCAGACGCUGGCGUUACCGCUAGACCAAGGAGCCCUCUAAUGGCCCUGUCCGGGCAUAACAGAAGGCUCGCACUCUUGUCUUCUGGUCACUUCUGUGUCCCCUCAGCUCCUAUCUCUGUAUGGCCUGGUUUUUCCUAGGUUAUGAUUGUAGAGCGAGGAUUAUUAUAAUAUUGGAAUAAGGAGUAAUUGCUACAAACUAAUGAUUAAUGAUAUUCAUAUGUAAUCAUGUCUGUGAUCUAGAUCUAGUAUAACUCUUGUUGUUUUAUAUAUUUUACUAUACUGGAACAGCUCGUGCCCUCGGUCUCUUGCCUCGGCACCUGGGUGGCUUGCCGCCCACACUGGCACUUUAUAAAUUUCUUUUUCAUUGGAAUUUGUUGUGUGAGAAUUAUCACACUCCUUUGGAGGUUUCAUAUUUUCUUGCUUUUUCAAGUCUCUUAUGUCCCUACAUUGAUUUUUGCGCGUCUGGUGUAACAGUCACUUCUUCCCAUUUUUUGGAUUGGCUUUCAUAACGGAAGACUUUUUCAUGAAGACGUCGUAUCUGUAGUGUUCACUGGGUAAUGCUCUUCAGCUUUGAUUCUAGCGUGCAGUCAUGUAGUCUCUAUGAUUUUUUCAGCUACAAACAGCAUUAGUAGUGUCUGACUUCCUCAGUGGCUUAGGAUGUGGUUGUCAGUGGAGGCUGUAUUGAGACUUUGCUGGGGAUGGGAUGCCAGGUGAGUCAAUCCUUGGCCUCCAGUGGUGACAGAGGCAGGCUGAGCAUACCUAUCCUUUGGCCUUUGGGGGUAUACACAAGUACUGGUGUUAACAGGUCCAGAUGGGCCAAUUCAUGAACCUCCACGUGGCUCACUUUGGUGCCAGCAGGGGCAGCAGUCAGCAAGGAUGAUGAGUGGGUCCUUGGGUCCCUGGGCUGCAUGCAUGGCAUGAGUGGUGGCAGUGGCAAUGGUGGGACAAUCCUUAACUUCCCAGGCAGCAAACACUGGUGUUACCAGUGGCUGAGAUGGGCUAGGUGGGUGAUGCAUGUCAGUGUGUGCCAGUGGUGAUGGUGGCAGCAGGCUGGGUAGACCCAUCCUCAGACCCCCAGGAGGAGUAUAUAGAUACCAGUGGUGGCAGAUGGGGCAGAGCAAUGCCAGGGCCCUAGGCAGCAUGCUUGGGCAUUGUGGGGAGCAGUGCCUGACCGGGUGGGCCCGUCCUCAGGCCCUGUGGUGGUGCACAUGGGUACAGGUGGUGAACAGGCUGAGGCAAUCCCUUGGCUGCUAUGUGGCAUGCUUGGGUGUUAGUGGUAGUGGCAGUUGUCGGCAAGGAGAUCCUGUCCUCGGGGCAUGUACAAAUGUGCAUGGCACUGCUGCUGGUGCAGGGGCAGGACUGCUGUCAAUGGCAGCAGCCCCAGGCAUGCAGCUCUCAGGCUCUGGGAAAUACAUGCUUUGGCCCCUGGUGAGGUGUCGGUAGUGGCCGUGGCCGUGGUGGCAGUCCUUUGUUUAUUUUAGCCUAUAUUCUUUUUUUUUUUUUUUUGAGACAGAGUCUCACUCUGGCCCAGGCUGGAGUGCAGUGGUGCAAUCUCGGCCCACUGCAAGCUCCGCCUCCCAGGUUCACACCAUUCUCCUGCCUCCGCCUCUCGAGUAGCUGGGAGUACAGGCGCCUGCCCCCACACCCAGCUAAUUUUUUUUUUUUUGGUAAUUUUAGUAGAGACACAGUUUCACCAUGUUAGCAAGGAUGGUCUCAAUCUUCUGACCUCGUGAUCCGCCCACCUCAGCCUCCCAAAGUGCUGGGAUUACAGGCAUGAGCCACUGCGCCCAGCCUUAUUUUUUUUUUUAUUUUUUAUUUUUGUUAAGACAGAGUCUUGCUCUGUCACCCAGGCUAGCAUGCAAUGGCACAAUCUUGGUUCACUGCAACCUCUGCCCCCUGGGUUCAAGUGAUUCUCCUACUUCAGCCUCCCAAGUAGCUGGGAUUACAGGCAUACACCACCACACGCAGCUAAUUUUUGUAUUGUUUGUAGAGACAGGGUUUCGCCAUGUUGCCCAAGAUGGUCUCGAAAUCCUGGACUCAAGUGAUCCUCCCACCUUGGCCUCCCAAAGUGCUGGGAUUACAGGCGUGAGCCACCGCGCCCGGCCUCCUUCACUUUCUUAAUAAACUUGCUUUCACUUUA